AUGACCCAUCCCCCGGAAGGUCAAGGUUCAAAGUAUGUUAGUCAACAGAAGGAUCAAAUAUGGAUUCCAUUUUUCACGAGAAACAAGAGGGCUCCCUUUGCGCCCAGCAUUGUCUGAAUAACCUACUCCAGGGGGAGUAUUUCAGCCCUGUCGAGCUGUCCUCCAUCGCACAGCAACUGGACGAAGAGGAGCGGAUUAGAAUGGCAGAAGGAGGAGUCACUAGCGAGGAGUAUAGGACCUUUCUGCAGCAACCAUCUGGAAACAUGGAUGACAGUGGCUUCUUUUCAAUUCAAGUGAUAAGUAAAGCACUGGGAGUCUGGGGCCUGGAACUGAUUCUUUUCAAUAGUCCUGAAUAUCAAAGAUUGAUGAUUGACCCAAUAAAUGAGAAGGCAUUUAUAUGUAACUACAAGGAGCACUGGUUUACAGUACGAAAACUAGGACAACAGUGGUUUAAUCUCAACUCUUUGUUGACUGGACCUGAGCUGAUUUCGGACACUUAUCUUGCCCUUUUUUUAGCACAAUUACAGCAAGAAGGUUAUUCAAUUUUUGUUAUUAAUGGAAACCUCCCAGAAUGUGAUGCAGACCAGAUACUAGGGAUCAUGAGGGUGGAGCAGAGGCAGAGGCCCAGACUGAUAGGCGAAGAGGUGGCUCAGUCCGGUAGUGGGCAAGGUCUGGUAAUGGACAGAACACUGAACUCCAACCAGAACUUGGAAGCAGUGCCAGUAGAUGAAGAUGAGGAGAACUUGAGGAAGGCUCUGGCACUUAGCCGACAAGACAUUGAGGUGGAGGAUGAAGAGGCUGAUCUACGAAGAGCUAUUCAGCUUAGUAUGCAGGGUACUACAGGCAACACUAAGCUUCCUGAUCCCAAAGAUGAAAAUAUUGCCCAUACAUCAACAUCAGGCCAGAAUGAAACGCUAACAGCAGAGGAGCUUCGAAAGAGAAGGCAGGCCUAUUUUGACAAGCAGUCAACACAGCAGGCACGAGCUACAGCACCACAACAGCAAGAAAGCAAAAGCACUGGCACACUGGCAAAUGACACAGGGGAGGCUCCAAAUGAGCAAAACGCAACGCAGUCAACCUUAGGUCUAACUCCGGAGCAGCCUGACUCCAAGACAAGUCAGUAAAACAUGGAGAAUCCAGUGGUCAGUCCCAGAGUACUCUUCGCAAUGCCCGUCCUUCUGUUCUGCUGAACUGUAGCAGCUGGUUGACCCAAUGCAUGAGCACAGAGCGUGUUGACGGAGGACUGGGUUUACAGAUACUUGGAAAGGAAAACCGAGGGUGGGGGUUUGCGAUCCUGUAACUGUAUAACUGCCAUUCCGUGUCCAUGACGGCCUUCUGCUUCAGCACCUUGUCGUUUAUUUUAUUUGGUUUUUGUCAUUCUCCUUCAAAAAUGUGCAUGUUUGUGCAAAAUGCAUUAAUCAAUGUAAGUAGAAGGGAAAGGGGAAUUUGCAGUUUCUGAAAAACAGGGUACAUGAUGGAUCUACAAGGUGUCCAGACUGUCCCUUUUGGAAAGGUAUGGGACCACAUGUGAAUGAAUCCUUUGUCCGAUACGGUCAGUUCAGAUCCCCCCCCCCCCCCAACUCCUCCCAGAAUCCUGUUGGAAAGGGUGUCGAAUCUUGACAGAUAAAAGAAUGAUAGAUUCUGUUUUCAGAAAACCGUAAAAAAAUAGCAUUAAUUAAGUCUCCUAGGAAUCGGAAAAGGUCUUUACUCAUUGGCCAUAACUAAAAGGAGAACUUCUUUCUUCCGAUAUUAAUUUAUGAGGCUUUAUCAUUUAAAGUCUUUCCGCUAGGAAUCUGAUUUUGUAAAAAAGUCAUACAUCACCAUUACUUUACUAUUUACCUUACUGUACAUUAUGUUUUAAACCUCCUAGAUAAAAAAUAAUUAACACUAUUUUAUUAUAAUUUACUGUAGGGGCUAUGAAGUGUUUACUUUUUUGUGCGUUUACGUUGAUGUUACAUUUAUUUGGUCCAAGAAGAGGUGCCAAUUUUCAAAGUAUGUAGGUUUCGGUUAAAAGUUCUCCGGAUGUAAAAUUUCUUAUCAUUUAUAUUUCUCACAUUUUUAAGUUCUGAGGUAUACAUAAUUAGUAAAAAGUUAAAAGGGUUAGGUUGUCUUUUGUUUUAAUAGUUUUCAUAUCAUGAUUUAAUGUUUUGUUUAUUUUGUUUAUUACUGGGAUCACUCUGAACAUAAAAGGUUUAGGAUUUUGUUUUGGCAUUUAUUAGUGCGGCAGAUCUUAACAGUUUUAGAGAUAUUUAAAUUAUUUGAUUUUUUUAAAUGUAAACUGCAUUGCCACAUGAUUGUCUACAUUUGAAAACCUUUUCUUCCCAUAAAUAAACCUUUUUUUCCAUGCCA